UAUGUGGCUUUGAUGUAUAAGUAUACAUAAAAAAGAAAUUUUGUGGUACAAGUUUUUCGACGAUGUGAAAAAAUAUAAAAAUAUUAGUUAAUGACGAAAUAAAUAACAAAUUAUUGGUUUUCUUUAUAAAAGAAAACUUCAAAGGCCUACGAUCAUUGUGAAAGUUAAUGAAAAAAGUGCAAAAUAAAUUUAAUUCAAUGCCUCCCUUUGUUAUGUUGUACAUAAUUCAAGAAGAAAUGGUAGACGACAACUCUUCAAUACAUACAUACAACAGCAGCAGCAUUUAAUUGAUUCUUUGUAUAAGAAGGAGGACUGUGUGCAUUUGUGUGUGUGUGUACUGUGUAUAUUACCAAAAAAGUUUUGCCUAUAUGUGUACAUAGAUAUAAAUAUAUACAAAGAAGAAAAAAAAUGAAUGCUGGAUUAUCCUUCUAAAUGAAAUCUUAAAAAAUUAUUAAUCGGAUAUUAAAGAAAGCCAUCAUCAAAGCCCACAACUUGUUGGUGUUGCUGGUCCAUAUACUGAUUCACCGUGUCUUCUUUUGUCUCUUGUACCGUCUUCGUAUAUCGGGUGUGUGUGUACGUACUUCUGCCUUGCCUGGUAAAUCUGAGAACAGGUUUCGUCGUGAUGUAUUUGGAACAUACCACACAACACUGGUGCUAAGGUCUACGACUACUACAUGGUACUCUAAAGAAGAAUGCCGCGUGGAGGAACACACGUAGAAGAUAAAUGUAAAAUGUUUACUUCAAUGGUUUCAUACUAGAAGAAUAAACAUAAAACUUGUGAUGGAAACUCUCGAAUAGCGUAAUCAGGACCUUUUGCUCCCGAUAACAAAAUUGGAAAAAUAGAACAUCGCCAUACAAGCUUUUAAUGUUUUUACAAAAAUACUCAUAAAAGACAAAAACAAAACAAAACAAAAACGUCCAUGCUAACACCGAUUGAAUGAAUGAGUAAAUGAUUUAUAUAAUCAUGAAUUCAAAUAUUACAAAGCUGUACGAUGUUAUUGAUGAGAAUGCAGUAAAUGAAUGCGAUUAUCUUAUAUUGGCAUCUACAAUUGUUGGGAAGGCGGCAGAUAAUAAAAUACUCCAAACGUGUCAAUGUUACUUAAAACAUAAUUAUGCUGCGUGGGACGACGACGAGCAUAAGCAGGAAGAAGAGGAGAAGACGACGAAGAAGAAGAAGGAAGAGGAAAGCAACGCAAUAGGGUUCACAUUUAGGCAGCAGCAGCAGCAACUGAAUGGCGAUCAAAUAGAUCCUAACAGAUGUUUAUGUGAUAAACACAGGCAGCAGCACAAUUGCCAGAUACAUUACUGCCACAACAGCAGCAGUACUAUAUUAAGAAAUACAACAACACCUACAAUAACAAUACCCAGCUCAAAAUUCUGCUCAUCUAAACAACAAAAACAACAACAAUCACCACCACCAACAUUACUACUCGAGCAUGGCAAAGACUCACCACGAAAACAACAACCACAAUCCACAUUAUUUAAGCCAUCUUGCACUCAUGAGGAUACUUAUGCUGUACCAUAUUUAAUAUUAGACAAUUCGAAUACAUGUAAAUUUAUAUCAAAUAAGGAACAAACUACAUUAACUGUCGAUAAAUACGCAUUCACAACAACAAAUUUCAUUUCAUCAACAACAAAUAUGCGAACCACCAAUACGCCGGAUGUAUCCGAAAACUCCCCAACAUUAGAUAAUGUUAAGCAUCAUCAAUUCAAGAGUAAAUACAACUUGAAUGAUAAGGCGAGGAGAAAUAACAUUCGCGAUGACGAUGAUGAGUAUAAUGACCAUUGCCAUUACAACAGACGUGACAAGAAUAAUACAGUCGUGCAAUGCUUUAAUUACUCCUCCGACCAUUGCAAUUGGUUUUUGAGAAACAAUCCAUUCGUUACAUUUCAACCCUCAACUGGUGGCAAGCUAUUGAAUUUAUUCUUUAUUUUACUCUUAACGUUAGCACAAUAUUUUGGCAGCACACAAGGUCUAUUGGUGGCAAAAUCGCCACCAUUUAGUUUAGAUUCAUCGUCACCAGUUGAUUCGCUAUCCAUUGAUUCCAGCGAUUUUGCAAUGCAAACGCACACCAACAACACUGGCGCUAGUUCGCUUAAUAAUAAUUUCAGUCUGAUACAAAAAACAACGGUAGAUCAAAACGAUGGUCUGGGAGGAGGCGGUAUUGGUGAUCAUUUUCCUUCGAGUAGCAAAAGUUUAAGCAUAUCAUCUGCUGCUGGUAGCGGUGCCUAUCUCGAUAAACUGGACAAUUUGGAACGUAGCCUGGCAGCAGUACUAAUAAAAGUUGCCUACGGCACAACCUCGACCACCAAACGUAGUAUACCCGACAACAGUUAUGCCUCAAGCCUAACCACCAUUGCCACGCCCCUACUAACCACACAAAGAUAUCACGAAAAGUCUCGCCAGCCCCAAUUAAAUGUACAUCAUCGUAAUUAUGAACUUGAUUUGGAAAGAGAUCAUGCCUUGCCAACAACAGCACCAAAUGCAGAUAUUUUAAAGAGUAACAGUAAUCCCACAUAUCCAAAUCCCAAUCGACAUCACAACAAUGAUCGAGAUCGCCAUAGACAUUUGAUUAACUCAACACCACUGCCAUCGUUACCAGAAGUAUUAAAGAAAUCGAAUGGUCACACGCCCACCAUACCAAUGUUUUCCGGUGCCGACAUACCCUCAUACUCACCGCCAGCUAGAUCGUUUUUCACGCCGCCACUGCCACCAGAAUAUCAGCAUCCAUUUGCUGAUAAACCAACGCUUAGGGGAACAAAUAAUGAAGGGGGUAUUGUACCCAACACCGGUAGCUAUAUAAAUCGCCGUCCCAUACCACCGCCAAGUCUGAUGCCUGGCCAUGAACGCAUACCAUUUAGGCCACCCGAUUUGGCAGGAGGUGCUGGUGGUACCACUAGUGCAAAUUCAAAUCCAAACACAAACAUGUCGCCGGCCCAAUCACCUGCUGCAGGUGGCAGCAGUCUUUCGUCUUCGCUAAAUCCUCACUCAUCCUCAGGUGUUCACAUGGACUCGGAUCACAAGAAAGCCUCGAACAAUGCCACAAAGAGUAUUAAUGUCGAAUCUCCCCCGCCCGAUGUCAAAUCAGAAAAUGGAAAUUCAGAUGCUGUUCAGGGUUCAUCAUCUGGUAGCAUGUUCUUGGAUUCAUCGGACAGCUUCCGUAACAACUACAAUUCUAAGGUUAGGAAAGAAGUACUGCCCAGUAUACAACGCAUACUCAGCGGAUCGAAUGGUCGCAAAGGUGAUAUACCCGAAGUAUUAUUGAAACAGGUAACGACAAGGCCAAAUUAUCACCAACCGCCUUCAUCGCCAGUGGUCAUAAAUACCUAUUUGAAUCAAAACGGUGACACGAGUGUGGUGGAUGCCAGCAUUGAUAGCAAACAAAAUAUUAAUAAAAUCAAGAAUAUGAAGGAUGUUGAAGGUGUUGAUGUGGGCGUUGGUGUCGAUGGUGGUGCUGAUUUGCCACAACAAACUGAAAUCACAACAAAGUCCGUAACAGGUGCCGUGUUUGGUGCUGCAGUAAAUGGCUCAACGUCAACGCCUUCGGCUGCAGCCAUUGGCGGUAUGAAAACAAACACCGUUAUUGUACCAACAUCGCGUACCGUAUUUGCUUCAGGUGCUGGUGGCAACUCCAACAACUCGCCAUCAUCAACAAAUCGCGGUGAUGAUGCCUCAUCUACGUCAUCCUCCACACUGGCAGCUGCUUCUGGUCUGGCCACCUCAUCCCUAGCCUGGAAUAUACAUGUCUACUUGUCGGUCAUUCUCUUUACAAUACUGGCCGUCUACUCCCUGUAUAAAAUGGUUACAUACAAUAAGCUAACACAUCUUUUCUCACAAUCCUACUUCCUCUGCAUCCACAUUAUACUGAUCACCAUUUGCUCAAUUCGCACUUUUUAUCUCUGCUAUGACGCUUAUAAUAUUCAUUCCAGUUUUCAUAUAUUUGUUUCGGAAAUUCUACUAAAUUUACCCGCCACAUUCCUGACCAUAUCCUUUGCCGUUCUAAUACUCUUCCUAUCGCUGAAAUCUUUGAACCAUAAGAAUCGUUAUUCGGCUCUGAUUCGGCCGCUGACGGUAGUUGUGGGCUGUGGCGUACAUGUGAUGUUGUGCAUAACCUUGCACUAUGUGGAGUCGUAUACCCUGCAAAAUCACCAGCAGCAACAGAAAUUGUUGAUGAAACGACAUCAGCAACAGCAACUCCAGUCCUAUGUCCAUCAUAAUUUUGCCCAGCAGCAACAGUAUUCAUAUUUAGAAAGCAUGGCCUUUAAUUCACCGCUAUCAGCGGCAUCGCCAGCCGGCCAAACGGCAGCAGGCUAUCAACAUUUGGCUGCUGGCGUCUCUCCACUGCCACCGAAUCCUCCACGUGUUUUGUCCUUGAUUUGCCAAAUUAUAUACAUUUUCGUUUGCUUUAGUUUGGGUCUUUUAUAUUUGUAUCUCUAUAGGAUUUUAAAGCGUGUCUUAAGAAAUAAAUCCCAAAAUUAUAUUCAUGGCUAUCAGAAUUUGUCCUAUGCCAUACACAUUACCAUUGCCACUGCCUUGUUGUUUGUACUGCUGGCAGCUUUACAAAUAUUCGGUGCUAUAAGUAUUUCCUCUACCAGGCCAAUGAUAGCUCAGGCCACAGCAGAAAUAGAUUGGUUUCAGUGGGGCUACCAGUUUUCGUUGCGUCUAAUUGAAAUUGCCAUUAUAACGCUCAUCUCGUGGGUGACAGGUUUGAAGACAAACACCGGCUCAAAUACAGUUAACAUUAAUCUAACGAAUAACGAGGCGAGGAUUGUGGGGGGACACAUCGAUACGAAUACAAUGUACAAUACAAAUGCCAGCAUGAAUCCCAGACGUCUGAAACAAAAUGUCCACUAUAGCCAAUAUAGCCAUCCCAAUGUGACCAAUUUCUUCUUGCCUUAUACCUCAAGUUCUAGUCAAGAACAAUUUGACAUGGAUUACCCGGCGCGUAUAUAACUCGAAGCGAACAAAGCGAAUCAAUGGUAUUGAAAGAGCUAAGUGAAUGGAAAUAGAAAAAAAAAAAACACGUGAUCCAAAGGCAGUGCACCAGUAAGCCAGAAGUUUAUCCACUGACAUGGAGAUAGUGGCAUCAUGGUUCAAGCUUUCAAUUUCAUUCUAUUUACAUGCAUACAUACACAGUCCGCAAAUCUUGUCUCAUAAAAUAACAAAAUUCCCCAAUUUUUUGCAACACCGCCAACCACUUAAUCAUAAAACGCGUUAAAAACCUUUUCACAAUAUACUCCAGAAUAAACAAAAAAAACAAAAUAAAAUAUAAAUAUAUACAUAGUUUUUUCGUAAUCUUUUUCCCAUCUUUUUUAUAUAUGCAAUAUAAUCAUAAUCGCGACAUAAUGUAUACAAAUUAAAAAACAAAAACUAAAUAUUUUUCCCUUCUUUUUUUACCAGAAAACACAAAAUAUAAAAAUGAAUUUUUUUCAUUUUUUAUUAUUAUUUAAUUAUUUUUUUUUUGUUGUUUAUAUAUAACUCUGUGUAUUGGAUUUUAAUAUAAAUAAUAAAAAAUAAUUUUUUAUUUAUACAACAAAAAAAAACAUAUAUCAUUUACACAAAAAAACGCUCUUUUUUAUUCGAUUAUAUAGUAAUAAUAAAUUUUGUUAAUAUUAAAUUAAAUUGAAAAAAAAAACAAUGCACUUUUUUAAGAACCGAAGCAGAAAUGGAGAGGAAUAAAAAAUUUAUAAGAAUUACAAAAAAAAUAUUGCUUUAAUAAAAACUCAAAUACGCAAAAUAAACAAGAAAAUAAAAAUUAAAAGAAAUGUGAAUUCUUUUUAUUGAAAUAAAAAAAAAAAAACAGAUUAAAUUAAAAAACAAAACACAAAAAAAUCGAAAAAUCACAUUUUGCUGAUAAAUCGAUCGAAUGAUCUAUCGAAUUAUUGUCUGGACUUAUCUCGUUUCUGAUUAAUCAAUUAAUUGUAAUAUAAGUGUAAUUAUUUAUUAAUCAGAAUACCUGAUGGAUCAGGCGAAAAUUUUGAUGCGACAUAACAAUUUAUCUGUAAGCUACAAAAACUGCAUAAUUAUUGUUAGUAUUUAACUGUAAAUUUUACAUACUGUACAUUUGUUAGUAACGACAUAUUUUUUAAGUUUAGCAUUUAGUAAUAUAAUAAUAAUAAAUAAACAAUUCGAAUAAAUAAAACAUAAUUUUUGAUAAUAAAAUAAAAACAAAAUACAAAAAUAACUAUUUUCAAUUAAGAUAGAAUUACAAGAAAAACAACAACAAAAGAAAGAAAGAAAAAGACAAAAAUUCAAAACAAGUAACAAACGCAAAAUUACAAAACAAACAAAAAAUGGACUCGUAUUCAAAAUGCUAUGAUUAAAACAAGGCAACUUACAAAACAAAAUGUAUUUCUCAUUCGUGCGUCCUACGAGCACCCCAAAUAGUUCUCUCAUUGCAACGAACGUGACCAGCAUUAAACUUACAACAUAUACAUAAAUAUUUAUUAAAUCUAUAUAUUUCAAUUCAUUUUCUUUUAAUUUAUUCCUUGUUUUCCGUUUUAAUUGCCCAAUCAAUAGAAGGAUGAAAAUGGAUGGAAAUUUGGAGGGAUUUUCCCUUUAUGGCUCUUAAAUGAUUCUUUAUUUGAAUAUUUUUUAGAUCUUCAAAUUUUCACAAAUGUUUUCAGUUUUAAAUGGAUGAAAAUUUGGAAGGAUUUUACCUUUAGACUUUUAAAUGAUUCUUUAUUUAAAUAUUUGUAUACCCUCCACCAUUCUAUGGAGGGUAUAUAAACUUUGUCAUUCCGUUUGUAACUCCUCGAAAUAUUUGUAAUAGACCCUACAAAGUAUAUAUAUUCUUGAUUAUCGUAAGUUUCUAAGAUAAUCUAGCGAUGUCCGUCUGUCUGCUGUAAUCACUGUCUUUCGAACGAACUGAGAUAGAAGGAUAAAAUUUUAAAUACAUGCAUAGUUUACCAGUAGGCAGGUCACGUUUGUAAAUGGGCCAUGUCGGUCCACGUUUUCGUAUAGCAACCAUUUAACUGUACCUUCCGAUAUCGGUAUUUUCAUGAUUUUAGCGACAUUUUUUAUCUGAAUUAUUUCAAAUUUCUUAUUUGAAGUUCGUAAUGGGUGCUACAGCCUAUGACAAAAAUUUUCGUAUGCAGCUCCACGUCUUCGUAUAGUCCCCAUGUAGCGGUUUUCAAUUAAGUGGUGGUAUUCGAUUUUUUUUAUCUCAUUAUCGUAACAUUGAAAGUGGUAGCUUUCUUUCUGAUUAAUCUGGAGGCUAGCUGUAUAGGACGCUUGGGCGAAGUAAUAUACAGGGUGAGAUAAAAAAAACUGCAACAAAGUCAAACUCCAUAAUUUUUACAUUUUUUACUUUUAUUGAAUAAAAGCAAAAAAUGUCGGAAAUAGCAUCAAAUUUUAGAGUAAGCUGAGAUUUGUUCGAAUUGGUAACCUUUUGCACGAAUUAUGGUCUUCAAACCGCAAAUGAAACAGUCAAACGCUGCCCGAAUGUUGCUCUACGGUAUUUUGGCCCAUUCCCGGCGAAGCGCUUGCUUGAGGUGAUCGACACUUUGGUUUUUAGUGCCAACCUUGCUUUCCGAAAUACUCCAAACACAAUAGUCCAGCGGAUUGGUGUCAUCCGGAGAUUUUGGUUGCCAUUGUGCGCUGGAAAUGAAGCGAGGAACCUCAUUUUGUAGCCAUUCUUAAGUGGCGCGUGCUGAGUGCAAUGGUGCUGAGUCCUGUUGGAAUGUCCAAGGUCUGCGGCCAAAAUGAUUGCGUGCCCAAUGCUUUAGUACAUCCUCCAGAAUAUGUUCGCGACAAUAUUCGGCAUUUAUUCUCACGCCACUGUCGAUUAAUACGAGCGGAGAGCGACCAUUGACUGUUAUGGCGGACAACACCAUCACCAUGGCAAGCGCUUGAGUUCUAGUGGCCAACCGAAGGUGCACAUUUUCAGCCGACCUCUUUGGCAAGUAAACACGAUCAUUUUGUGUGUUUACAAACUGCUGGACACCGAAUGUUUUCUCAUCGGAGAAAACCAAAAACCAAAUUCGGUAGUUCACCACUUUCGGCCAAGCGAAGCAACUUUUUAGCUCUUAUGAGUUUAUUUUCUUUCUGUUUCUGGUGCGGUGUAAGUUCUUGCAUUUUUUGAAAUUUCAAUAGCUUUGCCCUGAGCUCGUUUUUUCAACAUUUGUCGAAUGGAAUAUUGUGAUAUGUGCAGCUCGGCCACUGCGACGAGGUUGUUGUUUUCUUUCGUCCACUUCCUUGACGUCGGGUUAGGCUACCAGUACCACGGUAGCGAGCGAUGUUAUGAGACACAAAAGAUUUAUUCACAUCUAAAUGCUGGGGCGCUCUAUCGAUAGCCACUUGUGGUUUUCCAACCAAAUAUAAAGGAAUCGCGCUAUCAAAACUACUCAGGUUUGUCGGGGCAGCUCUCGCUCUUCAGCUGCGAUUGGAGGGGGAUGGUCUCCUAGUACAGUGUUUACUCUAUAUCCUUCCAUGGUGACACUUUGACACCAUGUUCAACUAAUUCGCUAGUUAGGGCUCAAAACAAAGAGAGCUUGUUGACCUCGUAUAAAGCGAUGGGUCGGUCUGUGGUCCAAUGGAGAAGUAUUUAGACUCGCCAAAAUGCUGCCUUGAGAACUGAAACAGCAUGCCAACAUGACUCAAUUGGCCCAUUUACAUUCGGAGCUGUAGGUUCUUUCCUUACGUCUGCAUUAUCAUACGAUAUGUUGGAGUCAUCCAAACCAUUAUAUGAUGCACAGAGCCUCAUCAGCCAGGUAUUUUAGAAAGGAUCUACACGAACUAGAAGGGGGAGGUCUAAUGCUAUAGAAGACAGCCCCUAGAUCAAGAAAUCUAUCAGCAGGUCUGAGUGGCAUUCAUACUGAUACAGUCAUAUAGGCGAUUAACACCACUAGCAUGAAUGUCGUCCUCGAAGUCCACACCCCAUCCAUUCCAGUUCAAAAACGUCGGAGCAAUUACGUUCAGGAUAGUGUAGCCGUAUUUGACGCGAAGUGAUGAAUGGAUUGCUCGGCGUGUGAUACAGGCCCGCACAAUAUGCAGCAUCUCUUUAAAUGCCCUGCUAAACCUAGCCUAGAACCGGUAUAGCAGAAAUCAUACCAGUAAUGUAUAGAUGUUACAACAACGACUUUUAGAGGGAGAGACGUCCAACUAUCUAACUGAGAGAAUCCAUAACGUUAAAAAUGUCAUCCUCAGAAUCCACUCUGCAUCCACUGCGGCAGAAGAACAGACAAACUAGGAUAUAUAGGAUAGACGAGCCAAUGCAACCAGUUUCCUAAGAUAUAAUUUGGAAUCAAACUAGCAGAAAGCAACAAACAACAUGUAUUGCUGUUACAACUACAAGCUACAGAAACAGGUACUGCAAUAUAGAACAAUAGGCGAGUAAGAGGUUUCUUUCAAAGCGAGUUUUUUUAAAUACUGUCCCUGGCAAAAUUUUAUUACCGAAAGUUCUCUAUUUCUUUUGUACUCUCAAUAUCCUCUAAUUCGUCAAACUAAGAAAAACUCCCGCGAGCGCUUCCCAAAUCCUGAAUGUUCUUUUAAGGGUGAGAUAAAAAACUGCAACAAAGUCAAACGCAAUAAUUUAUACUUUUUUUAAUGUUAUUGAAUGAUAGCAAAAAAUGUCGGAAAUAGCAUCAAAUUUAGAAUAAGUUUAGAUUUUUAGGAAUUGGUCAGCUUUGGCACGAAUUAUGGCCUUCAAACGGCCAAUGAAACUGUUGGAAUGUUCAAGGUCUGCGGCCAAAAUGUUUGCGUGGCCAAGGCUUUAUUGCACUCUCCAGAAUAUUUUCGCGAUAAUUUUCGGCAUUUAUUCAUAUGCCACGGUCGCUUAAUACGAGCGGAGAGCCACCAUUGGCUGUUAUGGUGUCCCAAACCAUCACCAUGGCCGGCGCUUGAGUUCUGGUGGCCAAAUGAAGGUGCACAUUUUCAGCUGACCUCUUUGACAAGUAAACACGAUCUUUGGGUUGCUUACAAACUGACGGACGACUUAUGUUUUCUCAUGGGAGAAAUCCAAAUUCAGCAGUUCACCACUUUCGGCCAAGCGAAGCAACUCUUUAGCUCUUUUGAGUCUAUUUUCUUUCCGUUACGGUGUAAGUUCUUGCACUUUUUCGAAUUUUAAUGGCUCAUUUUUCAAUAUUUGCCGAAUGGAAUAUUGCGAUAUGUUUGAAAUGGCAGCAGUCUAAAGUUGGUUGCAGUUUUUUCAUCUCACCCUGUAGAUUUUAUAAAAUCCAAGCACUAUACAUCAGCCUCUUUAGCACUUUGCAGUGGCUCAACAAUAUGGUAAUUAACUGACAUAAUUAAAAUAUUCAAUUCCAGAUCCGAAAACCUUCCAAAUGUAUUUCCAUGGACCUUGUUUUACCUUAUUGCAGUUUACUGAAUCCUUCUGUUGGUUAUAGCAUUAAUUCUACUAACACUCAUCACUCAUUGCCUAUUUUGCCAUACUAUUGUACAAUUUCAAUUAUAUUCACUAACAAAAACAAAAUAAAAUUUCAUCUGUGCAUUAUUAAAAUAUAUUUAUAUAUAUACAAAACAAAAUAAUAAUAAUAAUUAACAACAAAUAUAUGAAUAGCAGCAGUCUGACUGUAGAGAAUGUGAGAACUUUUGAAUCAUAAUUUGAAAAUUAACAAGGAAAACAUUUUUACAAAAUAAACUGAUAUUAGAUGCUAAUACUUUUACAGUACGAAAUCAAGUCUAUUAAGAAAUAAUGUAAAAAAAAAACAAAUCAAUGCAUACAUCAUUUUAAAUAAAAACCCAAUUAAAUUUAAAA